CCAGUUCUAAAAAAAAUCAGACCCACACAAUAGUUGUAGCCAAAAUGGAAAGCCAAAAUUGCAACCUAAAUCAACUUCCUCCAGUGGCAGUGGUGAUGGUACCACUUCCAGCACAAGGCCAUCUAAACCAACUCCUCCAUCUUUCUCAACUCAUUACUUCCUAUGGGAUACCAGUUCAUUUUGCUGGAUCCGCGACUCACAAUAACCAAGCAAAGCUCCGUCUCCAUGGUUGGGACGCAGAAAGUAUGACAAGAAUUCAUUUCCAUGACUUCCCUCUCCCUCCUUUGGCUCCACAUAACAGCACCUCACCUCCUCCAAACCCUGGCCAUUGUAUUCCUUUUCCAGCGCACUUCUAUCCACUUUUCGAAGCUGCUACGCAUCUUCGUCAGCCUGUUUCUGAACUCUUGCAUCAACUCUCAAGUAUGUUCAAAAGAAUUAUUGUCAUUCAUGAUAUUAUAAUAACUUCCGUCGUCCAAGAUGUUAAAUUCAUCCCAAACGCUGAAUCCUAUACUUUGAUGCCCAUUUCUGCUUUUACCCUUUUCUUAAGUUCUUGGGAAAACAUAGCUGAGAAACCUUUUCAGCUAGGUUCAGAAGAUAUUCCAAAAUGUAUUCCUUCAAAUGAAGGGUGCACUCCACCAGAGAUUGACAACUUUGUAGCUAAUCAAUUCAAAUUUUUGGGGUUAGAGUCCGGAAGGAUUUACAAUACAUCCAGACCGAUAGAAGGCAGAUAUGUUCAACUGUUGGAGAAGCUAUCAACAAAUGCUGAUAUGAAACACUUUGUACUGGGACCAUUUAACCCAGUGGAUAUCAAAAGCAAAAGUGGAAGACAGAGACACCAAUGCCUAGAAUGGCUGGACCAACAAGAGCAAGGUUCUGUGAUAUAUGUAUCUUUUGGAUCGUCCACAUCACUGAGUGAUGAGCAGAUCAGGGAAUUGGCAAUAGGGUUGGAAAGAAGUGGGCAGAAGUUUGUAUGGGUGCUUAGAAACUCUGAUACAGGAGAUAUUUUUGCAGAAGGUGAAGCAAGAAAGCCUCAAGUACCACAAGGGUAUGAAGAGAGACUGAAGGACAGAGGGAUUGUAGAAAGAGACUGGGCACCCCAGUUAGAAAUUCUAGCUCAUCCAGCAACAGGUGGGUUCAUGAGUCAUUGUGGGUGGAACUCAUGCAUUGAGAGUAUCAGCAUGGGAGUGCCAAUAGCAGCAUGGCCUAUGCAUUCUGACCAGCCAAGGAACGCCAUCUUGGUAACAGAGGUUCUAAGAAUCGGUACACUGGUGAGGGAUUGGGCACACCGUGCUCAACUGGUAACAUCAACUACUAUAGAGAACACAGUCAAAACAUUGAUGGAUACAAAGGAAGGAAAUGAAAUGAGGAAAAGAGCUGCAGAGCUAGGUGAUGCUGUUCAAGGGUCAGUUGCUAAAGGUGGUACUGCUCGGUUAGAAAUGGAUGACUUCAUUGCUCACAUCACCAGAUGAUUAUUACUAGGGAUGUCCCCUAAUGGACUCAGCUAAAAUCAGUAUGCUUAGAUAGCAAUAACAUGCUUCAAAGAAGUAAAACACGACCUAUAGCAUUGGAAUCAGGAAACAAGGAAUAUCAAACAUGUUGAAUUCAUAUACAGCAGGAUUUACAAAGUUGGAACAGCGAAAAGCCAGAGGCCAUACCUUUUUACAAAGUUGGAACUGUGAAAAGCCAUGUUGUAUGUGUUAUUUUAUGAUAAUAGUAUAAUGCCAAUGUCAUACGUUAAUCUGAAUAAUACCACAGCCAUACAGUAAAGACAUUGAUCCUUACUUUGGCAAUUGACACAUUUCA